GGGGGGGGGUGGGGGGGGGCGGAGAAGAAGAGGAGGAGUAGAAGGCGACCGCAUGCAUGACACAACGCAAAGGCGACAAGCCAACCAUCAGCAUCCAGGAGCACAUGGCCAUAGACGUGUGCCCCGGCCCCAUCCAGCCCAUCAAGCAGAUCUCCGACUACUUCCCCCGCUACCCCCGGGGUCUGCCCCCGCAGGCCGUGGUCGCUGCCGCCGCCGCUGCCUCGCCGCCGCAGCCUCAGCGGCCGGCGCGAGCCCGUCCGGGUCCCCGCGCUCCAACUUGUCCACGUCGUCGGGCUGCUCCGCGGCGGCAGGGACCGGCGGGGGCGGGGCCGACUCGGACAGCGACCCCGGCCAGUUGGACCGCACCGGCGCCACCGCCAGAAGAGGAGCCCGACGUGGAGGGAUACGACUCGGACGACUCCACUACACUGGGGACCCUUGACUUCAGCCUCCUGUACGACCAGGAAAACAAUGCACUGCACUGCACCAUCAACAAGGCCAGGGGCCUCAAACCCAUGGACCACAACGGACUCUCGGAUCCCUACGUCAAGCUGCACCUCCUGCCAGGGGCCAGCAAGGCCAAUAAACUUCGAACUAAGACCCUGCGCAACACGCUGCACCCCGUCUGGAGCGAGACACUGACCUACUACGGCAUCACCGACGAGGACAUGGUCCGGAAGACCCUCAGAAUCUCAGUGUGCGACGAGGACAAGUUCCGCCACAACGAGUUCAUCGGAGAGACACGCAUUCCGCUGAAGAAGCUCAAGCCCAACCAGACCAAGAACUUCUACAACUGCCUGGAGAAACAGCUGCCGGUCAACAAGACAGAGGACAAGUCCCUGGAGGAACGCGGCCGCAUCAUGAUCUCCCUCAAGUACAACUCCCAGAAGUCGUGCCUGGUGGUGGGCAUCGUGCGCUGCGCCCACCUCGCCGCCAUGGACGCCAACGGCUUCUCGGACCCCUACGUCAAAACGUACCUAAAGCCAGAUGAGAACAAAAAGUCAAAGCACAAGACCACUGUGAAGAAGAAGACACUUAACCCAGAGUUUAAUGAGGAGUUCUCCUACGACAUCAAGUACGCCGACCUGACCAAGAAGACCCUGGAGGUGACCGUGUGGGACUACGACAUCGGCAAGUCCAACGACUUCAUAGGCGGGGUCUCCCUGGGCAUCAACGCCAAUGGCGAGCGGCUCAAACAUUGGUUCGACUGCCUGAAAAACAAGGACAAGAAAAUCGAGCGCUGGCACACGUUGACCAAUGAACUGCCCGGGUCGACGUUCAACGACUAACUACACUCUCUCCCCCCCCCCCCCCCCCCCCCCCCCCGCUCCUAUCCCUCCUCGUCCGUCUGGAGGACUCCUGGUCCCAGCGAGGGUAGCAUAUGAAGAUGUCCCCGCCUUGCCUUGGAAAUGUCCCUGCUGUCUCUCCUCGUGAGUGUUGUCCUAAGACCCGACUCCACCAGCCUCGACGUGCUCUCCCACUUCUGCCUGCAAAAGACGAAAUGUACACUCUUGAUGAUGGUCAUCUGUUUUCGAUCCGUAACAACCAACACCUUAUGGUUAAGCAUGUGCACGAGUCAACCCAUACGUGCGCGUGGGGAAUGUAUGCACGUGUGUGCGUGUCUGAACAUGCAUGUGUGUCUGUGUGUGUGAGGGCGUGUGUGCAAGCAAACAAUAUAAAAUCGGAAGAACAACAAAUCAACAAUAUGAUACAGCGAAGGGUUGCCUGACAACCCUUUCUUUAACGAUACAAUGAUUUGCAAAAAAAAAAAAAA